AUGAGUGACGUGAGCCGGUCACCCACCAAACUACCCCACAAGCCCGGUUCCGAUCAACAGUCCAUGACUAUUAUCGUCGUGAACGCCAAAGGUGCCGUCGGCUACUCGGACCUUUACAGGCUACUCCAGCGAGAGAAGGAUUGCUGGGAGUUCAACCCUACACAUGACUUCGACACAGAUUACCUUUGCGACGGGUAUCUCUAUACUGUCUACUUCAUCCCGCCGCCUAGCGACGCAGGGUCUCGCAUAGCAUUACUCACCCUCAUGCAGCAUGUCUGCCUCGUCUUCACGUGCGAUACUUCGUCGAGGGAAUCGUGGGACGAAACAGUCGCCGCCUGCCAGGGGAUGCGUAGCCGCUGCGAAAAAGCCGGGGUCCGCCCCUUCCUUGCGACAAUGAUCGCCGCCAUGCGUGAAGGUGAAGGUCAAGGUCAAGGUAAAGAAGCCGCCGUGUCCCACGCAGAAGCCGAGGCGUUUGCUGCAACCCAGCGGGACUGUCACUUUGUCGAUCUCUCGCCCGCAACUGGGCGCGGCAUUUGCGAUGCGGUCGGCUCGCUGGUUGAGCGGGCACACGGCGCUCGUGAUCAGUAUGCUAUAGACCAGGGGGGUUAUGCCCAGAGGUACAAAAGAGCGCAGGCAUUUCAGGCAUUAUUUCCCAGCUAG